AUGAGCCUCGCCGGAGCUGGAUCUACUCCCGUGUUUGUCCCCGCUGCCGCGGAGGGCAAGGGCAAGGGUGUGAGCGGCUUCAUGAUCGACUUUCUGAUGGGUGGUGUUUCGGCAGCUGUGUCCAAGACCGCUGCCGCUCCUAUUGAGCGUGUCAAACUUCUGAUCCAGAAUCAAGAUGAGAUGCUUAAGGCUGGUCGUCUCUCGGAGCCCUACAAGGGCAUUGGCGAAUGCUUCAGCCGGACGAUGAAGGAUGAGGGCGUCGUCGCUUUGUGGCGUGGUAACACCGCGAACGUGCUCCGAUACUUCCCCACCCAGGCCCUGAACUUCGCCUUCAAGGAUUACUUCAAGAGCUUGUUUGGUUACAAGAAGGACAAGGACGGGUACUGGAAGUGGUUCGCUGGUAACCUGGCCUCCGGUGGAGCGGCUGGUGCUGCGUCUCUCACCUUCGUCUAUUCUCUAGACUAUGCCCGAACCCGGCUGGCAAACGAUGCCAAGUCCUCGAAGGGUGGUGGCGACAGGCAGUUCAAUGGCCUGGUCGAUGUGUACCGCAAGACCAUCAAGUCCGACGGUGUUGCCGGUCUGUACCGCGGUUUCUCCAUCUCGUGCGUCGGCAUCAUUGUGUACCGCGGUCUGUACUUCGGCAUGUACGACUCGUUGAAGCCCGUCCUUCUCGUCGCACUGACAACAGUUUUUCAUGUUUCUGCUGCUACAUUGCAGGGCAACUUCUUUGCCUCCUUCCUGCUUGGAUGGGGUAUCACCAUCGGUGCUGGCCUCGCCUCGUACCCUAUUGACACUGUCCGACGUCGGAUGAUGAUGACGUCUGGCGAGGCUGUCAAGUACAAGAGCUCCAUGGACGCCAUGAUGCAGAUCGUUCAGAAGGAGGGCACUAAGUCCCUGUUCAAGGGUGCUGGUGCUAACAUCCUGCGUGCUGUGGCUGGUGCUGGUGUGCUGUCUGGCUAUGAUCAGCUUCAGCUCAUCCUCUUCGGCAAGGCAUACAGCGGUGGCGGAGGCUAA